AUAAGCUGCAGCAUCUUUGAUAAGUUGGCUGUCUUUGGCUGCCAGUUUAUCAUCAGCUUAUCAUCUCAGCUGUCAGGAUGGGUGGCUGCUGGUCAUGGGUGAACUGUAGGUCUCACCCAGAGGCAGAACCAAAGGAUGAAGAUGAAGAGGGGGCACAGACUGGUCAUCCCAGAAAUCCAGCCCAUGUUGCCCCAUGUCCUGGGGGACCCACGUUGCAUCAUAUUCUGGGGGACCCUCUGAGGGAAGAGCCCAAUGAGGCAACCUUGGUGCCAGGAACCCUUCCAGGACCUCACAUCAACCAUGGUAUUCUGGGAGAAGAGCUCAACGAGGCAACCUCAGUGCCAGGAUCCCUUUCAGGACCUCUCAUUUGCACUGAUAUUCUCGAGGAAACGCUCAAAGAGGAAACCUCAAUGCCAGGAUCCCUUCUAGGACCUCACAUCACCGAUGACAUUCUGGGGGAAGAGGUCAAUGAGGAAACCUCAGUGCCAGGUCCUUCCAUCCCCACUGGCACUCCAAAGGAAGAAGCUUUUGUGUCAGAGCCCUUACCAGAGCCUUCCACUGCUGACAAUGAUCUUGCACAAGAAAUAGAAAUCCUCAAAGGAUUACAGAAUGACUAUGUCCAGCGGCAAAUGAGGGUUCGCCGCAUUUCCCAGCAGUUCCCUCGUUCUCUCCGGGCCAUCAACUUGCAAAUUGGACACGCGCGUACAAGGCUCAUCCGCAGUGAAGUUCGGCUGCAGCGGUGGGGAAAGGAAGGUGACCAAGCUCUGAUGCCUGUAAUUCAGACAGCUUCUCGUGAUGUUCCUGAAGGCCCUGCUACAUGUCUCCGCACCCCUGGGUCCAGUUCAUCAUCAUCUUCUGCCUCAAUGGAAGCUGGCUCCAUCCCACCAUCUGCCUCCACCUCUUCUUUCCUCCUGCAUCCCUCUCCCCCUCCUCCUCCUUCCCCACCUCCUCUAGAGCCGGACCUCAGCAAUGUGAAGGAAACUUUCCAGAGUUUGAUGGAUUUGCAGUUCCAUCAGCUGAAUGACCGCCAAAGAGACCUCCGCAGCUGCCAGGAAUGUGUGCAAAAUAUCAAGGCACUGAGGGGACAGCUCAGGAGACUGCGGAGCAGACUGGCAAGGGUGGAAGCCACCAUGGGGAUCCUGGUUCCUCCAAGGGAGCUGGAUGUUGAGGAGGAAAAAGAGGAAGACCAAAACCAGCAAUAAAAUGCUGCAUAUUUAUUUUAAAAAUAUUAAACAUUUGUUUUAAUUGGAUGGGAUAUGGAGAUAAAACAGCAAUAGAACAUGCAUAUUUACUGCUUAAAAUUAAAAAGUUGAU